AAUAAAUGUUAAUUUGGUACAAAUUUCAAUAAUUCCCGAUAGCAAGUGGUAAGAAGUUCUCUUCCCACGCCACAUUUUCCCCUAGUGGAAGCCAAGUUUGCUCGUCAGUGUAUAUACAAUUCAAUUUAAUGCUUUUGGGGGAUUUAACAGUAUAAUUUGGGACAUUCGUACAUCGCUAUAAUGAUUUCUAUAUUGCAAAGUCAGAUUUUUAUUAAAAAAGCAGUACGUUUACAAAAAUUUCUACCCCAAAGAUGUACUGUCGGAAGCUUUGCAUACAAUAAUGGUGAUAUUGAGAGCUUCGCACGAACCUUACAAGUAAGAUAUGUGCACACAGAAGGCAAUAAUAAAAAAGAAAAAGAGUUAAUAUAUACAGGGCUCUUAUCGAAAAAUAUUUUUGGUCUUAAACUAUUUACCCUAGGAACAUCAUGUGUAGCUUUAGUAACUCUACCAUUUGUUUGGGAUAAUGCUAUACAAGCAGACAAAGAUGCAAUCACACUGGGUUUAAUCGGUUUUAUGGGUGUUUAUGCAAUAUGUACUCCAUUGUUAAUACAUUUCCUAGUAGGAAGGAAAUAUGUAGCUAAUAUGUACUAUGACUCUGCGGCAGAUAAAUAUCUUGCUCAAACAUAUAGCAUAUUACUUAAAAAAAAAACGGUGGAAUUCACAGAGAAUGAUGUACAUGUGCCUGAUUUUACUGGACCAUUCUCAACAUGCUUUGUAAAAGGAAAACCAAUGUUCUUUACUGAGCCCGAGUUCACAGAUAAAACACAUUAUCAUAAACUCAUGGGUCAUUAUAAACCAAUCAAUUUUCAAUUAAACACUGAUGUAGAUAAUAUUAAAGAGUUACAACGUAGUCAUAAACAACAAUAA